AUGCCCAAGACACUUGACAAGUGGUACGAAUAUGCCUCGCGGUUUGAUAACCAAUGGAGAUCUGCUCAGAUCUUCAAACGAGGAGCCACUACGACGACGCGAGGAAAAGGCCGAUCUAUCCAUCGUCCCUACUACUCGGCUUCUGCAAAGGAUCCAAACGCGAUGGAUGUUGAUCGUGUCAAUAUCUCGCGCUUAUCCCCGGACGAGCGACAGAAGAGAAUGAAAGAAGGAUUAUGUUUCCUAUGCGGAAAGAGGGGCCAUAUAGCCAACGACAGACAAUUUCACCCCCAGUCUGGAAGUUUCACCCGUGCUAGAACGAUACAGCCCGGGUUGGACACAGACACGAUCACAUGGAUCAAGAAGAUGCGAGAAGACCUCGCACAGAAGAAGGAGACAUCGAAGGAAGAAACCAGAGAGGAACAGAUCGCCUAUGUGCGAAACGUCUUCAAUGACAUGACUGAUGAAGAACGAACCCAAUUAGGUUUUUGA